UGCUCCCUCACACAGUGCUUCCCCCUCAUCCUGCUCCUGCUCUCUCUUAGCUCAGGAAUAACCUUGGAAGAUGGUGGCCAUGAAGAUCUCUCUGCUGCUGGUGUCCCUGCUCCUGGCCGUGGUGCUAGGAGACAAGGAAGAGAGUCCUUCCAGGCACGGCUUCCACUCGAAGGUCAGAGGCUCUACACCUCGAGGCCGCAGGUAUGCCGAGGGGACUUUCAUCAGUGACUACAGUAUCGCCAUGGACAUGAUCCGCCAACAAGACUUUGUGGACUGGCUGCUGGCACAGAAGGGGAAGAAGAAUGACUGGAAACACAACAUCACUCAAAGGGAGGCCCAGGCCCUAGAGCUGGCCCAUCAAUCUAACAGGAAGAAGGAGGCCAGGGAGCAGCAGGGCUCCCUACCCACGAAGCCCAGCGAUGAAGAUCUGCCAAAGGACUUACUGAUUCAAGAGCUGCUGGCCUGGAUGGUGGAUCAGACGGAGCUCUGCAGGCGCAGGUGGCAGAUGGGAAGCUUUGGGAGUCUUGUGUCGUGGUUAUAA